AAAUUCCGGCAGUAUCUUUCGGUAAAUUUUCAGCUAAAGUGCCUGUCGUAAAUACAAUAGACAUUUAAUAACAGUAUAUUUAUCAUCAUAGAAUAAAAAACUGUAGUAUUUAAGUAUAUUUUUUUUGACCUUAUUUCUUAAUCGGAUUAUCAUUACUCAUUUGUAAGCACUGUCUUUGUAACCAAUCGAGUUAAUUUGGUGUAUUUAUUUGUAUAUUUAAAAUUUUCAAUUCAUUAAAUUAUAUAAAAUUGAUUGGAUGUCAUCAAAAUAUGAUUGCAUUUAAUUGUUCAAAAUUAUAUUACUAAUAUUAUUUAAAAACGUAUUCACUUUGUAAAACAUAUUUUAACCAAUGUUAUUUUUUUAAUCAUCGUGAAAAUAAGAUAGACCACUUGAAAAAAGCUUGUCAAUAAUGGGUAUUGGGUUAAAGCCACUGGAAUUUACUGACUGUUUAACAGACAGUCCAUUUUUUCGUGAAAAUUUACAUUAUCAUGAACGUGAAUUAGAUAAAACAAGUCAACAAAUAAAACGAUUGAUAAAAGAAGUUAAAGAAUUAUUAGUUGCUGCUAAAAAUUUAUCAAGAGCCCAGAGAGCAUUUUCAAAAACCCUGCAAAAUUUUAGUUUUGAAUGCAUUGGAGAAACACAAACAGAAGAUGAAUUACACAUAUCUCAAAGUCUAAAGGAAUUUGGUAAACUCAUUGCUUCAAUUGAGGAUGAAAGGGAUCGUAUGCUUGAACGAGCUUAUGAUCAAAUAAUACUACCAUUAGAAAAUUUUAGGAAAGAACACAUUGGUGGAGUGAAGGAAGGAAAGAAGAAGUUCGAAAAACAAACGGUUAAAUUUUGUCAAAGUCAAGAACGUUACUUGAGUCUUUCGACGAAAAAACAAGAUAAUGUUCUCCAAGAGGCAGAUGCAACACUUGAUAUGGCUGAAAGACACUUUUGUCAAGCUAGCUUGGAAUACGUUUUCUUAUUGCAAGAAGUUCAAGAAAGAAAAAAGUUUGAAUUCGUAGAAACGCUUCUAGGUUUCAUGUUUGGAUGGUUAACUUUUUAUCAUCAAGGUCAUGAAGUUGCAAAGGAUUUCAAACCUUACAUGACCGAAUUACAAUUGAAAAUACAGAAGACUCGAGAAAAUUUCCUAGCCACUCGAGAUAAAACUGAAUCGCUUAUGAACAAAAUGAAGGAUAUGAAAAAGUCUGCAGUUGAAACUGGUUUAAGUAAAUUAUAUUCAAGGGAAGGUUAUUUAUUCCUUAUGGAAAAAAAAGCAUUUGGUGCAGGUUGGACCAAACAGUAUUGUACAUACCAAAAAAACACAAAAGAAUUUACUAUGAUACCGUACAAUCAAUUAACUGGAAAAUUUAGUAAUAAAGAAACUUUGAUAUUAGCAAGUUGUGUUCGCCGUAUGUCUGAUACUAUUGAAAAAAGAUUUUGUUUUGAUAUUACGGCAUCAGAUAAGCCUGGCAUAAUUUAUACAUUUCAAGCUUUAUCUGAGGAAGACAGGAAACUAUGGAUGGACGCCAUGGAUGGAAAAGAGCCAACGUAUGCAUUCCAAUGUUCCCCUGCGAAAUCUGAUGAAACUAUUCUAGAUGAAACUGGUUUUUUAUUCGUAUCCAAAUGUAUUAAUGCUCUUGAAAGUAGAGGUUUAGAAGAACAAGGACUUUACAGAGUCGUAGGUGUAGCCUCAAAAGUAAAUAAAUUAUUAUCUAUGGGACUAGACAAAAGAAAACUGGACAAGCUUAAUUUUGAUGAUAAAUUUGAAUGGGAAAGUAAAACAAUCACUAGUGCACUUAAAACCUAUCUCAGAACUUUAUCUGAACCCAUUAUGACAUUCCGUUUUUAUAACAGUUUUAUAAUCGCUGCUAAAUUAGAAUCCAGAGAGUCGCGUAUUCAUGACAUACAUACUCUUGUUUAUCGAUUACCGAAAGCCAAUUUUAAUAUUUUGAUGUUAUUAAUUAAACAUCUUUGCAAUAUUGCAAAUAAAUGUGAUAAAAAUUUAAUGACCGUUGGAAAUUUAGCCGUAUGCUUCGGUCCGACUUUAUUGCGUCCUGAAGAAGAGACUGUUGCGUCAAUAAUGGAUAUUAAAUUUUAUAAUAUAGUCGUAGAAAUAUUGAUUGAAAAUUACGAAAGAAUAUCCGCUGGACCGCCACAUGAAUUAACACAACAAUCCCAUUCAUCACAAAAAUUAACGACUAUUUCAGUCGAAAAACGUAAUCUUGAAGAAACUCAAGGUGCAUCGGGAAAUGGUAGUGCAUUAAAUAAAUACAAUAUGCAUACUGUUAAUCCAGUAUUACAUUCAAACCACAGUAAAUCAUUCUACGAAAAGCCUUUAUCAAUUGUAACGAAACCAGUAUCUGUCGAUGAUUAUAAUGAUUUUGAUGAAAUUAAAUAUGGAGUACAACAUUUACCUUCAUUUUCGGAUACUCGAAUUAGUCGUCCAAAAUUAGUGAAUGCUAAUUUUAUGUAUUAUUCAACUGAUAAAGUUGGGAGUGGGAACACCAGCAGUUCAAACGAAUCGGUUGCUUCAGAUUCUCACCUUCUGAUGACCGAUUUACCAUUAAAACAUAAACGAGGUCCAGUGAUGGGGAUGCAUUACCCAUCUGGAUAUUCACAACGUAAUAGUUCUGCGAUAUCUUUUUCGAAUACUUCUCCUGCAAGUGGACAAUCAAGCCCAGGACAAACAUCAGGGAUUUGGAGAGUUCGUACACUAUAUGCUUGUAUGGCCGAAAAUGACGGAGAGCUAUCAUUUGAACCUAAUCAAAUAAUAACAAAUGUGAGACCAUCGCUCGAGCCCGGGUGGCUGGAAGGGACAUUAAAUGGGAAAACUGGAUUAGUACCAAAAAAUUAUGUUGAACAAUUACCCUGAGAGAAAACAUACCAAAAAUAACAGUUGAUGUAUAGAUAUUUUUAUACAUUUACAAGAUUGUUUCUGUAAUAUUUUUGACUUCUGUUCUUUGUCUACUUUUGUAAUUAUUAACGAAUGUAUAUAUUCGAUAAAAAAUAUUUGAUAUUCGAUUACAAUCAUACUAAAGUAUACGAGUAUAUUUAAGGGGGAUCAAGUUUACCCAAAGAAUAUAUUUACUUUGUAGAUAAU